AACCAAACCAGACAUUCAUUCAGACUAAGCCGUUCAAGACACUGCUUCUCUCUGGAUUAAGCAGUCUAAUAUUUAUCAUGAAACGCUAUGACUACGGUUUAAUUGCUGGUUUACCAGCUCUAGCAACAAGCUGUGUUCCUUUAAUCAUUGUCUUAGCCAUGGGCUUUAGUUGCAAGGAGAGAGCUAGAGCUCUGAUUCACUGGAUUGUAUCGAGUGCGUUUUCCGCCAUCAUCACAAGAAAAAUUGACAAUGGGCUAACACGAUGGUAUUUUAGAGACAUAGAUCUAACUCGUUCGGAAGAACUUUUGGGGAAGGUCUUCUCCAGUCUGUUCGGAUUGUAUUUUCUGCUGUUUACCAUGGCUUCGUCCCUGUUUUGGGAAACGCUACUGCUCAAUAUUAGCUACAGCUGUAACACCAACGACGAUUCUGUGGCCAUGGAAUGUUUCGAAUACGACAUCAAGGAAAAUGUUGAGUUUUGGAAGGCGUUUUCGAGGCUUGGAGAAGAUCCCAUCGAUUGUAACAGCGCCAAGGUUCUUAAUGGGUCUGUAGGUGUGAUUUGUUACCAGAUGGUUUUCAACAUCGGUGCCGCCUCGGGGGCUAGCUACGGUGGUUUCAAACUUUCUAUGAUCGCAGUCAACGCAGCCACAAGCGCCAUGCUAUUGCACAAACGAUCAGCAAGCAUAACCAGGACAAGAAUUAUCGUUGGCUUACUCAUGACUGCCAUUUAUGCGGUGUUCUUGGUUUCUCAAGUUGUCGAAAGCGAGAAGGGGUCGUUAAGUUUGAUUGUGACCCUCGAUUCACACAGUUUCGCUAUUUAUCUGCAGAUGAUCAUGAUAUUUUUCGCUGGAUUCGCGUUUGUGUUUUAUAUCCCUUGGAAAGAAUUGAUAAGUUUUCAAAAUCAUUUGUAUCUUUAUGAUCCCAUUGUUUGAACCCGGCAGGAGAAAGACAUAAAGGAGAAUAGACGGAAUUUAGAUUGGAUGGAGUCGGGGUGGGGUGUAGUCUCCUUCGCAGCCGUUAUUAGGGUCGUCACGCAACGCUCCUCCCCACUAACAACUCUCCUAGUGGUGAGGAGCGUUGCGUGACGACCCUAAUAACGGCUGCGAAGGAGACUAGGUGGGGUGGGGAAGUAACCAAAAUGCGAGUGAAGCCCGGAAGAGUACAGAAGACACUAUGAUUACUCUGAAGACCCUCUUGGGUUGGUGAGGUCGUGGCAGGGGGAAGGGGAGUGGGUGGGUGAGUGGAGGAGAGAGCUGGAGCCUUGAACCCCUUUGGGGGCCCUUUGUUCACUGUUCAUAAUGAAUGCAGAUAUCUUUUCUAUCCUAUUUCCUGUGGGAGGAAAUAGCCCGUGGUUCACCUAGACGAGUCACGAAAUCCUGAAUAUACAGGUGGUGUAAACCGUAACACAGGCUAGAAUACUGUAAGCUAGAGACAGUGAUGGAUACAGAUACAAUGAGAAUAUGUUUCGUUUGGUUUAUUGGUUUUCCUCACCUGUCAACUGUAUUGUUAAUAGAAAUUCAAAGAUCACAGUUACUCUUCUAACGCAAAUAAUUCAUGUAAAUACAUACAUACAUACAGUACAUUUCAGUAUGUCCUUCACCUCAUCAGCAAAUGAUGAUCCCUUAUCACAUGAAACAAAGUUUUUUUAUUUUUAAUGAUUAUCAUUUCUUUUUUUACAAAAUGGAAAACAAAUCUAAGGCUGUGCUGAAGGAAAAAUUACAGGAAAUCAGAAGUUUUGCAACUAUCAAAUGUUGGGUUGACCACUUUACUUCUUCGCAAAAAGUAAGUUUGUUUGUUGCUCUAAGGAGUACCUAGGAUAAUCAGGUGCUUCCACACUGCGUUGUAAAAAAUUAUGAUUAACACAAGUUAUAUAGCCCACAUAACUAGCAGGAUUUUGUAAAUGAGUGCUUUGUCUCAGCAGUGGAUUCUCUAAUGAGAGAGAGAAAUCCACAAUGAGAAAUAGGGAAUUUUCUCACAGCUUUUUUGCUAACGUUUGUGGUUUGCCAUGGAAACAAAGCAAUCAUGAAUGAAACCCCACCAGCUAUGCAAGCGACAAGUUAAUAGCAUUAAAAAAAACAUGCCCUGGCAUCACUGUUCAUGUAUUUCUGUAUAAAAAACAAAAUUAAAUGACUAUCACUCACGACUUGAAGUACUACAAUAACAAUCAGUUUAGUAUUGGCAAUAUAUUAAAUUUUGUAUGGUAAUCUGUAAUUCAAUGUAACCACAUCCCUUCCCUAACCCAUUACUGACUCUCCAUAAAUUAAAAUAUAGCUCAUCAGAUGA